CCUCCCUCCCCCCAUGCCCCAAGUUUUUUAUCUAUAUAUUUGAGUAACACUCAUUUCCUAUUUUACUACACAAAAAGAUUAUUAACAAGAGAAAGGAAGAGAAAAAGUGGAAUGAAGGAUAAAGAAGUUAAAACAAGAAUGAAGAGAGGAUUUUGGAAACCUGAGGAGGACUUGAUCUUGAAGAAAUGUGUGGAGACUCAUGGAGAGGGAAAUUGGGCUACCAUUUCUGAGAAGUCAGGCUUAAUGAGAAGCGGUAAAAGCUGCAGACUAAGGUGGAAAAACUACCUGAGGCCAAACAUCAAGAGAGGAAUGAUGUCAGAAGAUGAAAAAGACCUCAUCAUCAGACUCCAUAAGCUUCUUGGCAACCGAUGGUCGCUAAUUGCCGGUAGGCUACCUGGAAGAACAGACAAUGAAGUCAAGAACUUCUGGAACACACAUUUGAACAACAAGAGAUCCUGUAGAGUCAAAAAGAAACAUGUCAAGUCCAAGAAGGCUGAUAAUACUCACAGCCCACAAGGUAAAAUUCAAGAGUACCCUAGUGCUGAGACAGUGAGCAACAACCAAGCAAUAGCCAACAAAACAGUUUUAGAUUCAUGGAUAGAAGAACUGCAGGACUUCAACUGCAGCUUACUAUCACCUUUGUCGAUGAAUAACGUGCCUUUCCUCGAAGAUGAACCUUUUAUUCCCAUAUUGGACGACAUUGUCUUGCUCGAAGCAUUCACAAGGAAUGAGAUUCAGCCAUUCCUUUAGGAAUUUGUGGUAGUAUUUCACAGAAGAGCACAAUUUUCACUAGUGCCAUAACAAGGUAACAACUCCCAUGCUAGGGGUUUCGGAUAUGAGCUUGUGCUGCUUCAUCUGCUUGGAAAUGUGCAUCAGCUUAUUUGCGAAACCAAUUUAUGCAUGUAUUAAGAGGGAAAAAAAUGUUAGAUUUCCCUUUUCCUAAGUAGUAUCAGUUUCCUCUACUACCUGUCAAUUCCAAUUAGGUGAAGAAAAGUAAUGAACUAGAUAUCAGCUGUUCUUGUUACAAAA